CUGGGAUCCAAAGAAACCACCGCAGUUUAGCAUGAGCAUGAAUGUGUUGUUUGCAUUUGCUGCUGGGUGCAAGUUAGACGUGGAAACUUUAUUCUACACCAUGUCCGACCUCGUCCUGACGAGUAAAAAAAAGUCACGGUCGCCAAUCUCUACUACAACCACCCAAUCCUCAACAUCCUAGCCGCAGACUUCGGCGUGCGGUAUGAACAAGUCGCCCAGAUCCCGACCGUCAUGCAAGCCGGCUACGCAGCUGGCCUGCUAUUCCUCUGUCCCUUGGGAGAUCUACUACCACGCCGGCCAUUCGUGUGUAGCUUAGUCUUCUGCACCGCGACGUUAUGGUUGGGGCUCUGCUUGACUACUUCUCUCAACCUCUUCACCGCCCUCUCCUUCCUAACCGCCAUAACAACUGUAACCCCGCAACUCAUGCUCCCUCUCGUCGGCGACCUCGCGCCUCCGCACCGCCGCGCUGCAGCACUCAGCAUCGUUGUCAGCGGCUUGAUGCUCGGCGUACUCAUCGCGCGCGUGUUGUCGGGUACGAUGACUAACUUCGUCACCUGGCGCGCUGUGUACUGGAUGGCGCUGGGAUUGCAGUAUAUUAUCUUCGUACUGCUGUGGUGCUUCAUGCCGGAUUAUCCCGCGACGAAUCCGGGGAUGAAUUACUUCCGCAUUCUGUUCGAUAUCGUCAAGAUGCUGUUCAAACACCCCGUGUUGGUGCAGGCGUGUCUAGCGGGUCUGCUUUGUUCAGCGCCAUUUACCAGUUUUUGGACAACAUUGACGUUCUUGCUUGCCGGCGAGCCGUAUCAUUACAGUUCGUUGGUGAUUGGGCUGUUCGGCUUGAUUGGGAUUGCGGGCAUGUUAGGCUCGCCUGUGUACGCUCGACUCGUUACAGACAAAUUUGUACCGCAUUUUUCUGUACUGUUUGGAUUGAGUUGCAGUCUCAUUGGGGUGUGCUUGGGCACGUAUAUUGGGCCGUUUAGCGUUGCGGGGCCGGUGAUGCAGGCGCUUUUACUGGAUUUUGGGAACCAGACGGCGCAGAUUGCGAAUCGGAGUAGUAUAUACAGCGUAGAACCGAAGAGGCGGAAUGGUGUUAAUACUGCAUUCAUGGUGGCGACAUUUUGUGGACAGCUUAUCGGUACGGCGGCGGGAAAUCACAUUUAUGCGGCGGCGGGAUGGAUUGGAUCGGGCAGUGCGAGUGUCGGGUUUAUUGGAGCGGCGAUAUUGGUCAUUGUAGCUAGAGGGCCGUGGGAAGAACAUUGGGUUGGAUGGAGGGGUGGGUGGAGUAUGAAGAAGAAGGAUCCGAACAGUGCGGAUGGCAAGACGAGUGAGCAGACGCAUUUCCACGAAGGAAAGGUUAGAGAUGAGGAGAUGGGUGCAGAGAAGAGAGUGCUGGGAGAGUUGGCUGCGGAAGAGGGAAAUGAAAGUCCUCUGAGUGAAGAGCAGAGCGACAGGAGCCCGAAGAGCAGCAAGGACGUGAUAACGCUUGUGAAGACAUAA